UCUCAGAUUCCCCCUCGCCGGAAUAUCGUUUUCCCGUAGGAUGAGCUCCUCAGAGGCCAAGUCGUUGCCCUUCAAGUCUAAGAAGCCCCAUAUCUGCCACUCAGCCUCCAAAUCCCAAUCACCAGAUCCCAUUUCACUGAGCUCCAAAACACCAGAGAAGGCCUCACAGCUCUCGCACCGUACCAGAAACCGCGGCGUUGCGCUCUCUAUUAGAGAAGUCAGGAAAGUCGCUGAAAGCCUCCAGGAUCAGAAAGGCCAGCGGCAGAAUCAUGAUCGUACGGGGCAGAUCAAGUCCGCCCGAAGGAAGAUUGCACCGUCUUUCGCUGAAAUCUCCCCCCGCAAAUCCAAGGCAUCUGUAGAUGAGCCCGUCAAGAUGCCGGAAAAGUAUGAAAUUUUGGGUCAGUUCUUUGACAGCUUGGAUAGCUCGAUACGGUUGUUGCAUUUGAAAGGUUCUACAACAACUUUCACGAAUAUCUGCCCCAAAAUUGAAUGUUUAACUGAUAGGAGAUUUACGCAUAGUCAUCUGGCCCAGUUGAAAUAUAUCUUUCCAGAGGCACUUGCUAUAAAGAAGGUGCUCAGGUUUGAUGAACGAACAAGUUGUAUGAAGCCAGACCUCCAUCUUACAUUAAAUCCCGAUUCAAAGUUGUUUUCUGAAGGUGGAAAUGUGUCCUUGCGAAAGUUAUUUCGCACACGGUUAAGAGAUUUUUAUGAAUCACAUCCUGAGGUUGAUGAGAUUCCAGAAGAAAUGCUGCCUGAGCCGUUCAAUCACCGUAAGCAAGAUCGUCCUUUAGAAACAUUGAGAACUACCUCCUCAUCAUUUGAUACGAUGCCAUCAAAUGAUGCAGUUGCACCUCGUCGAGCUGCAGAACCUGAGAGCAUGCAACAUAAUGCCAUGGUAAUCAAUUCAGAGCCUGCUAAGGGCGAAGAAAACUUGUCAAUGCCUGUUAACAUGUCAAAUGAAGCACAUCAUCAACAACCAGCAGUAGCCACUCAUAUGUCUCAUUCUUUUAGAAGGCGCUUUUCUCAGAAAUCUGUAAAAGAUGAAGCAGAUGGUGUUCAACAAAAGUCACCAUCAGAUUCAUUGCCUCCUCAAUCUGUCCUAGUUUCAGAAUCAAGCAUGAAGAAAAAUUCAUCAAGUGUAGACGCUACUAUGUGCCCGGCAAUAUGUGCUUCUCCAGCUAAUCUCAAAUCAUCUGGUGCUUCAGCUGCCACACCAAAUAAAGUUGCUUCUACUCCCUCUAGGUUGAUGACUCAUACACCUUCGUUGCCUCCCCCUAAGAGAUGUUACAUGAGCCCCGAUGAUAGCCCUUGCAGCUCACCAAACAAGUUAGUUAGGCGUCCAACGAGUUUGAAGAAGUCAUUGAACUUUGACACGCCAGUGAAAAAUCGGAGGACAGAGAAUGAAGCUGAUGAUGCUGGUGGCUUGUCAAUUGAUGACGAUAUUUAUGAUAUUCUCCCGGAGGGUCUCCUCCAAUCGAUUAAAGAAAAGGAGAGAGUGGCAAUGGAGGAAAGAAAUCCGGCUAUCUCACAAGCAAAAAGACGGAAAAAAAUGAUUGCCUGCCUCCCUAAGCUAUUUAACAUGAUUCAUCUCUUGAUUCAUUCAUUGAAUCGUUCUGUUGUCACAAAAGAGGAGCUUCUAAGCAAGAUAAUCUCAAACCAUUGUGAUAUUGUUGACCGGAGAGAAGUUGAAGAGCAGUUGAAUUUGUUGCUAGAACUAGUUCCAGAAUGGAUAUCUGAAAAGUUGGCUUCUAGUGGAGAUCUGCUAUUCUGCAUAAAUAAACUGCAGGACCCUGAGACCAUACGAUCACGGCUUGCAGAAGCAAAAUGAGCUAGAAUGUGACAGUGUUUCAGAGUAGCACCGCAUCUUUUAUUAAGAGAAGCGAUGUACAAAUACCCUUUUGUUUAGGAUUGCUUGUAAAUGUUUUAUUUAUUUGGUAUUAGUGACGAGAUGAGAAAAAUUCACAAUAGACCGGCUCAGCUAUUUUGGGGUAUAUAUCAUGAAAUUCGCGGAUGGAAUCA